AUGUUAACUUGUGAUUAUUCGAAUGCAUCAUCCUACUCCUCAGAGCAAAGUUCAAGAAAAUUAGCAAAAACAUGUGUAGAAAAAAAACGUCGCGAUCGUAUUAAUAAAAGUUUGGAUGAAUUGAAAGAAUUGAUGGCAUUAACAGAUGAGCGUGCUCGAUAUCAAAAACUUGAAAAAGCAGAGAUUUUAGAAAUGGCUGUUAAUUAUGUAAGAAAUUUAAAACGUAUUGUACAUUUAUCAAUGGAAGAUUAUGAAAAUAGUUAUCGUCAAUGUACAGAAGAAAUUUGGAAAUUUAUCAAUGCUAUACCAAAUAUUGUACCUGAACAACGUGAUCGUUUAGCUAAUCGUUGUCGACAAAUGUGGGUUAGACGUACUCAUCCUUAUGCAAGAACAUCUCAUACAACUUCAUAUCAUCCACCAACACAUCACAUAAAUGAAUUAUCACAUCAAAUGAUAUUUAAUACAAAUAAAAUAUAUCAAGAACAGCAAAAAAUUUCUUCUAUGCAUCCGUUAGAACUGGUUAUUAAUAAUAAUUCUUCGUCUAAUUCUACGCCCUUAAUAUUAUCAUCGUUUAGCAAUGUUUCACCAUCCACUUCAUCUCAUGUUGACUCGAGUAUUUCAUCAUCAUCUUCACUUGGUAGUUGUGGUUCAAAUCAUGGUGGACAAAAAAUUCAAACUAUUUGGCGACCAUAUGCAUAA